CUGGAGUGCCUGUCAUUUGGAGUAACACCAGGCGAAAGAGGGGUGCUGAGACACACGACAGUCGGGAUAAGCGUCAACUUUUUUUUAGGUUUCCAGACUCGGAUGAACUCCUGACACAUUUUAAAGACUGGUCAGCGUCAACCAAACACCUGCCACAAACCGUCGUUCAAGGAAACUAACAUACGUUGCUACAAACUCAGCGCUCUAACCGACAAACCGAAGUUGCGCGCUAAACCAGCACUGUAACUGUUAAAGAAGUUUAAUCAAUGACUUAACUUAAUGAAUGCCUGGGGAGGAAUUUAUUCGAGUAUUUUGCAGUGAAACUAACACAUAGUAAGGUCCAGUCAUGUCAGCAUCACCUGUGCACUCAGCUCGAGUCAGGCGCAGCAAUGACGAGUCCCCCAUCAACGCCUCCUCUUCAGCAUCAUCAUCAUCAUCCUCCGGCAACACGAGCCGGUUGCAGCCCAUUCGCGCCACGGUGCCCUACCAGCUCCUGCGUGGAAAUCAGCAGCACAGCCCGACCCACCCUCCCUCCUCCUCCUCCUCCUCCUCCUCGGUCGCAAGCAACACCGAUCCCACAGCAUCACCACCAGCCCAGCAGCGCAGCUCCAGUCCCGGCAGCGCGGCAGGAAGCGGCCCGCUGGACGCUCGUCUGAUCCCGCGGCAGAGGCGCUCUCCCCCGGAGCACAGGAGCUCACCGGAGCGCUGCCCUCCUUCACCUGUCCUCAGAGUUGAGAGGUCAAAGUCACAACAGGUGCGGAGCACUGGUGCUAUUAGACGGACUUCCUCUCUGGGUGCUAUCACCGGGCCCUAUCUGAUAGGGCAGUGGCCACGUGAAUCCCACCUACACAGCCCCUCGUGCAUGAAAGACAAGUCCACACAGACUCCUGGAUGUUGGAGUGAGGAGAGCGAAGGGAAAGGGAGCACACACCAGCGCUCGGCAUCCUGGGGCAGCUCUGACCAUCUUAAAGAGAUUGCUAAGCUCAGGCUCCAGCUGCAGCGCAGUAAGCAGAGCGGAGGCCGUCAGUGUAAGGACAGUAAAGAGCGUCUCUCUCCCCUCCACAGCUGUAGCAGCACCUCCAUUACUGCCCCGAGCAUCAGCACAGCCAGCCAAGCUCCGUCAUCCAUGUCGAAGUCCGCACAGAUGCCACUGUCCAACAUCACGGUGCCAAAGCCCUCCAUCUCCAGGGUCCCCAGCAGCAUGGAGGGCAUCAACCACGAGCUGGAGAAAGUCUUCAUCAAAGACAACGACGAGAAAGAGGAGCUCAAGGCGCUGGAGGUUCCUGACGGGCGGCGGGCUCCGUUUCCUCCUCAGCAGCGCAACACUCAGACGUCAUCGGGGCCUGGACGCUCCAGCAGCUGCUCCAGCCUGUCGCCCUGCCCCUCGCCCGCGUGCCCGCCCCGCUCACACGACGGCAGCCCGUACUCCACCGACGAGAUGCUGGACGACAGAGACAAAGACAGCGGCAGCAGCUCUCCUCUGCCUAAAUUCGCCUCGUCCCCAAAACCCAACAACAGCUACAUGUUCAAACGGGAGCCUCCAGAGGGCUGCGAGAAGAUCAAAGUGUUUGAGGAAAUGACGUCCAGACAGUCAGCCGCCGUCCCUCUUUUCUCCUGCCCUGACAAAAACAAGGUCAACUUCAUCCCCACCGGCUCUGCGUUCUGCCCUGUCAAGCUCGCGGGACCCCAGCUCCAGCACUCGGGCUCCCAGCAGGAGGACGAGGAGAAGGAGGAGAGCCAGGCCGGCCCCAGCGGCUCCCAGCACCACCACGUGCCCACUCAGGUCUCCACCAGCACCAGCACAGACGACCCUCCUCAGUCUCCCUCCCAGCCGCACAACUUUGAAGUCAGCUAAACGCGGCCGAGCUGGUGUCGGUGUAGAGGACCGUUCGUUCCCCGCCCCAAACCUCCUCUUCUCUCUCUGAUGGACCCCACCUUUGUGCUGAAUCUUUACUAUCUGCAUGGCAUAGCGACCGCGGCCCGAACGAGAAUCACAAAUGCACAGGCAGCCGAAAGGUUGGAGGACAGCGGCUGGACGGGAACGGCGUCUGAGGACGCGUUUUUGGGAAAAGGACCUUAGAAUAUGCAAAUCCAAAAUUCAAAUGGCUUCACUGUUAUCUCGAUAAAUGAGUGAGAGUCUCAUACGGAAAUCUUAUUUAUUAAAUUUGCCUAUCUGAUAAGUUCAGUCACAUUCCAGACAUUCCCGGUGUGUGUGUGUGUGUGUGUGUGUGUGUCGGAUGUGGUACUUUUCCAUCUGGUUUGAUUCUGAGUUGUUCCCCAGCAAACGCAGCUUUGCUUUCAUCGUGUGCUUAAAAUUUAAGCAGAGUGGCUUUUGUGAGCACUAUAAUCAGCGCAAAGCCACCGACUUACGAGGAGAAGGACGACUGACGCUUUCAGGAAGGUCUUACUAGUGUCAGGGCAUGCAUUUGAAACUGAUCGUAUGUUUGACAUUAAAUUAUGUGUCGUGUUCUCUUUCAACAUCCACAGUAUGAAUAAGCUCUCUCUCACUAUCAAUAUAUCUAUAUAUGAAAAGUCUCUAUAUAAAGAAACAGCUUGUUUGAAGUUAA